UCCGCCGCGGCUCUGGGCUCGCGGAACUGCGCAUGUGCGGCUCCGCGGCCGGCCGGCGCUAUGGCGCAGACGGGGGCCGACCUGUUGCGCCAGUUCCCGCUGCUUCUGCCCCAGAAUCGGGCGAAAACGGUGUACGAGGGAUUCAUUUCGGCUCAGGGAAGAGACUUCCACCUUAGAAUUUUGUUGCCUGAAGAUUUGCAGCUGAAGAAUGCAAGAUUGUUGUGUAGCUCGCAGCUGAAAACUAUUCUUAAUAGAUACCAUCAAUUAGUCCAACAGAGAAUGCAGCAUGCUCCUGAUCUAGUGAGCUUCAUGAUGGAGUUGAAGAUGAUCUUGGAAGUUGCUUUAAAGAAUCGACAAGAGUUGUGUGUGUUACCUCCUUCUUCCCAGUUCUAUUCCAUUCUUAUCGAAGAAAUAGGAGCUCUUGGUUGGGAUAAACUUGUAUAUGUGGAUAUUUGCUUCAGUACCAUCAAGUUAAAAGCAGAAGAUGCUUCUGGUAGAGAGCAUCUAAUCACUGUCAAGUUAAAGGCAAAGUAUCCUGCAGAAUCACCUGAUUGUUUUGUGGAUUUUCCUGUUCCAUUUUCUGUUUCCUGGACACCACAGAGCUCCUUAAUAAGCAUCCAUAGUCAGUUUUUGGCAGCAUUAGAAUCCCUGAAGGCAUUCUGGGAUGUCAUGGAUGAAAUUGAUGAGAAGACUUGGGUGCUGGAACCACAGAAGCCUACACGGAGUGUAACAGCACGUAGAAUUGCAUUAGGGAACAAUGCUUCCAUAAACAUCGAGGUAGACCCCAGGCAUCCUACUAUGCUUCCUGAGUGCUGCUUUCUAGGAGCGGACCAUGUUGUAAAACCCUUGGGAAUUAAGCUGAGCAGAAACAUGCAUUUGUGGGAUCCAGAAUGUAGUCUAUUACAAAAUUUGAAAGAUGUUUUAGAAAUUGAUUUUCCAGCUCGAACGAUCAUAGACAAAUCUGAUUUUACUAUGGAUUGUGGAAUUUGUUAUGCCUAUCAACUUGAUGGUGCCAUUCCUGAUCAAGUGUGCAAUAAUUCCCAGUGUGGACAGUCUUUUCAUCAAGUAUGCUUAUAUGAGUGGUUGAGAGGACUUCUCACAAGUAGACACAGUUUUAACAUCAUAUUUGGUGAAUGUCCAUACUGUAGUAAGCCAAUUACCUUGAAAAUGACUGGAAGGAAGCCCUGAAAUAAGUAUACAACAUUACUAUGAAGAGCUAGAAAUUUAAAAAAUUAUCAAAAGAAUUUUAUUUGAUAUUUUCAAAAAAUAUAUACAGUAAGACACACCAGUAUCAAAAGCAAAAAUAUGAUGGGGCCAUAAAAAUGCACAUCUGCCAUCAUCUCUUCACUCGGAGUAAACUGGGAAAUUGUAGACCAAAGUCCUGCAGAACUUGGUAAAUCUGUGAGUUCCUCACCAGCUGUGGAAGAGUACAUACUCCAAGAUGGAGAUUGCGACCUGUUGAUCCCAUCUGAAUUGGUAAAAUCCUGAUAGGGUUCAUGAAAGGAAUUUUCGAAGUCUGUAUAGCUAGAUUGUUGUGGGAAACUGUUUACUUCAUUCAGAAGUUCUGAAGACUCACGGUAUUUCUGUCGUCUUCUUGUGCUUUCCUAUGGAAAAAAAUACAUACAGUUUGUUAGAUUUGAGUUACCCAAAUAUUUAUUUUCUGUACUGCCUAAGAAUGCUAAAUAAAAUUUAACAAAUUUGG